CUGGCGGCCAGGAGGGCGGUGGCGGCGGCGGCUGGGAGGGAGUGGAUUGAAGUCCGGGGUGGCCAUGUUCGUCAGGGGAACCCGCCGGCGCCGCUCCGGACGCGGGCCUCCUGAGUCUGAAGACCCUGGCCUCGGGAGGCCAUGCAAUAGCUGUGGGGACCAGUGUCCUGGCUUCCUGGUGCAUGGCUGGAGGAAGAUCUGUCAGCACUGUAAGUGCCCCCGAGAGGCUCACACGGGGAGUGGGGUCCCGGAGGACCUGGAGCAGCUCAUGGCCCGCCUCAUCUCUGACUUCCAGCGGCAUUCCACCUCAGAUGAAAGCUCUGGCUGUGCCUCAGAGGAGUAUACGUGGGUGCCCCCAGGCCUCAAGCCUGAGCAGGUGGAUCAGUUUUUCAGCUGCCUGCCAGAGGACAAAGUUCCUUAUGUAAACAGCCUUGGGGAAAGGUACCGUGUUCAACAAUUGCUUCGACAGUUACCCCCACAUGACAGUGAGGCCCAGUAUUGUGCAGCACUGGAAGAAGAGGAAGAAAAGGAACUGAGACUCUUUAGCCAAAAGCGGAGACGGGAAAACCUGGGACGGGGGGCUGUCCGAGCAUUCCCAGUGUCCAUUACCGGGGCCAUCUGUGAGCAGUGUGGGAAGCAGAUCGGAGGGGGGGAUCUGGCCGUCUUCGCCAGCCGGGCUGGCCACGGGACCUGUUGGCAUCCCCAGUGCUUCCUCUGUGCCACCUGUGGUGAACUACUUGUUGAUCUCAUCUACUUCUACCAGUCUGGGAAGAUCUACUGUGGGCGUCACCACGCUGAGUGCCUUCGGCCCCGUUGCCAAGCCUGUGAUGAAAUCAUCUUCGCGGCAGAGUGCACAGAGGCCGAAGGCCGUCACUGGCACAUCCAACACUUUUGCUGCUUUGACUGUGAGGGGCCUCUGGGAGGGCAGCGCUACGUGAUGAGGGGGAGCCGGCCUCACUGUGGGGCCUGCUACGAGGCCAGACACACCCAGUACUGCGACAGCUGUGGAGAGCGCAUCGGAAUGGAGCAGGGCCAGAUGACGUACGGUGGGCAGCACUGGCACGCAUCUGAGACCUGCUUCAGUUGCUGCCGCUGUGGGCGGCCCCUGCUGGGCGAGCCCUUCCUCCCCAGGCAAGGCCAGAUCUUCUGCUCUCGAGCCUGUAGCCUCCCUGCUCAAGCAGAGGCCACAGUGGCCACAGCAACCGUGGGGGCAACAGCAGUCACCACCUGCCCUCUGGUUCCCAGCACAACAGCACUCCGGGCCCGCUCCCGGGCAGGCUCCCUGGCAGGCAGAGCAUGCAGCCACUUCUGCCGUGAGGCCCCGCAGCGCCACUCCAUGCCUGUGUUGGGCCUCCGACGGGUGGUCUCUUCCCCUUGGCAGCCCCCACAGCCAGACCUUAAGCCUAUAUCUGCCCCUGACCCAGCAGCCUCCUCAGAGGGCCCCGAGUUUUGCCGGCGAGGGGAGCUCCGAGUUAGCUUCCGAGAACCCCUGGUGGCCCAAGCCCCACAGGAGAAGGAGCAGCUCCAGGGCCUUCCUCCUCCCCCUCCACAGGGCCUUGCAGCCCAGCCCAGUCAGAGGAGAAGGCAACAGCCCCAGCGGCUGCCUCACCAUCGCCACAGUACCCACUUGGAGUGGGACUCAGCUUGGGUCUCUUCUUCUUCUCUUUCUUCCUCCUCUGACUCAGAGGAGGAUGGCUACUUCCUUGGGGAGCCCAUUCCUUUGCCCCCAGCCCUGCAGAGAGCCACUCUGGGGCCCCAAGAGAAGGAAGGGACAUGGGAGACUUCCCCUGGGCCUCCCAGGCAGGCUCCAAGCCAGGGCCGACACCCGGACAGGGACAGGAACUGCAUCGUGGCCUGAGACCUGGCUGGGCUCACACAUGCCCCUACGGAGAAGGCCUUGUGCAGACUCAUUCUCCCUCUCUCUGCCUCAUUGUCCCCAACUGUUGGAGUUGGUUUUGGAGCAGAUGCUGGAUCAAGUUCUUUGUAUCCCUCUUGUGCCAUCCUGGGGUCUGCAUUCUGGUUGCCCAGCCCUCCCACCCCUUCCACUCCAGUACCUCUAGAAUAUUCUACUCCAUGCCAUCCUUUGCAGGCUGGCUCUGCCCAUUAAAAGGAUUAGUUUCAUGUG